AUGAAACUCAUGGCAGUCCUAGUAGAAGACGUGGAAAUUGAUCAAUCAUCUGAUGCUGAUGAUGAUAUACUCAUGCUUAAGCAUUUGCAAUCUCUUGGAUAUGAGUACAAAUUAAUAUCAUGGCACUCACCUCCUGCUUCUCUAGAUCACUUUGAUCUAUGCCUUGUACGUAUUGCAUACGGCUACCACACAUCUCCCGAUGCUUUUCUUCAACUAAUCAAACGGUUUAACGAAGCGGGAGUAACCGUUCUAAAUCCUCCAAAAAUGAUCAAUUGGAAUUAUCAUAAAAAAUAUCUUCUUGAACUGCGCAACCAAGGUUUUCUUCUUCCUUCAACUUAUUUGAUCGAACAAACAGCCUCAGCUCCUAAACUUUCGAGUAUUAUGGCUGAAACAGAUAUUUAUUCAGCAGUGAUUAAACCAGCUAUAUCUGCAAGCGCAACGUCUACGUUCAGAAUUACUCUACCAGUCUCGUCUGAUAUGCAGAAAAACUUCGAAGAAAUACUUGAAAAGCACGAUGUUCUCGUCCAAGAAUUUAUGACAGAAAUUGCACAGGGAGAAAUCUCACUGAUUUAUUUGUCAGGACAGUACAAGUACGCUGUCAAAAAAAUACCAAAGACAGAUGGGGGUUGGUUAGUACAAAGUGAACACGGUGGACGUACCAUUGAAUAUCAGGCUGAGCAAAAUGAAAUAAAGGUAGGCGACAAGAUAAUGUAUUGGCUCGAGCAAAAAUUUGGUAAAUUUCCACUUUAUGCACGGAUUGAUGGCAUUAAAACGGAGAAUGGAUUUUCACUUAUGGAAGUUGAAUUAAUUGAGCCGGGUUUGUUUUUUUCUAAGAAUGCUGCAAAAAUAGCACUUUUUGGACACGCGCUUACAAAAUAUAAUGAAGCUUAA